AUGGCAGCCAUACCUAGAAGUUUUAAGCUCUUAGAAGAGUUAGAAAAAGGUGAAAAAGGUUUAGGUUCUGAGUCAUGUUCUUACGGAUUGGCGGACAGUGAUGAUAUCACUAUGACCAACUGGAAUGCCACUAUCAUUGGCCCACCUCAUUCUGCCCAUGAAAAUAGAAUUUACAGUCUUUCCAUUGAAUGUGGUGAAUCAUACCCAGAUAAGCCACCAACUGUUAGGUUUCUUUCAAAAAUAAAUUUACCAUGCGUCGGCACAACAGGGGUGGUUGAUCCUAAGAAAUUAAAGAUAUUGAACUUGUGGAAGAGAUCGUAUUCUAUGGAAGUUGUUUUGCUAGAAUUACGAAAGGAAAUGUCUGCGCCAGCAAAUAGAAAGUUGUCACAACCACCUGAAGGGUCUGUUUAUUGA